AUGUCUGCGUGGGCCUCUGGAGAUACACUAGAGAGGUUGAAGCUAAAGCCCGAAACUGCUCCUAGCAAUAGGGGUAACGGUCGGCAGGCGUCCGCUGACGCCACGAGCAGCACCUCAGUUAAGGCAACUAGUAAUGCGGAUGCCGAAGGUGUUGUGCAAGCCUCCAUGGCUGCAACAAUAGCCUCCACCAAUAAAAACAAAAACAAGAAAGCAUUGGAAGGCAAGGUAUCGAAAAAGAAUGCCCCUAAAAACACAGCCCACACUGCGGAUGAAAAACAGCCACCCACACAGGAACAGACAGCAUCGUCCUCUGGGGGUGCGAAGCGGAACGAGCCAAAGAAAGGGGCGUCUGACUCCCGUGACUGUCCCGUUACACUUCCAAGCGACGUAGCAGAGCUUGUAGUGAAUGCAUUCACAUUCAUCGGCACCGUGCAAGCACUGAGGGCGGGAACAAGUACGGAUGGAAGGGAGUCGAUGCUCUCUGCGGCGGUUAGGGCACCAGAGUUCGUGCCACAACGCAGGGAUUACGCCGUGCAGAACGCCACGUCGGGCAGCGACACCCAACAUGUGGGCGAGCUUGCCAGUAACGCCUACCCGAUGCAUCAUCACCACCACCAUCACCACUAUCAGCUGCACCAACAACAAAAGCAACCGCAGCACACGCCGCUGGUAUCGACCUCGCGGGUGCAACAACAGGAACAACCACCGUGGGCACCCUACUACAAUGACCAGCAGCACCGACAGCAUCACAGCGUGCACCACCAUCGCCAUCAGCAGCAGCAACAACAGCUAGCGUACGGUCAACCCGACUGCACGACGGGAAAGAUGUACCACGAUGCAUACAGCCCUGUAGACUACGAUAUGAAUCUUUGUGCUGCACCUCCGUACUCGCGCAUGUACAGCGGGUAUCCCGGAAUGUGCAUGGGCGCCAACAUGCUCCCCAACAUGAGCGGUUACGGUGGACUUGCCCUCCGCCGACCUUUACCGUACUUUCCACAGCAACAGAAUCAAGUGACUGCCUACAAGUCAACCCAUGUUGGCCAACAGCAGCCGUGGAUGCGCAAUGACAGUGGUCCGUCUAAUGCUAGGAAAGGAAGUGGUGCGGGUCAAUGGUAUCCGGGGGGACAAGCCGGCUUUAACGAUGCCUUGAGUGUGUGGAAUCAGCAGCGGAACGCCGGAAACUGGGCAAGGCAGGCGGAGCAAAGUGGGCCAGCGGGAGCGCACACAUCUUCCGCACCAUGA